AUGCAGGGUUGCGAUACGUGUGCCGUUGCGAGUUGCGGUGGUGAAAAAGAUUGCUCCACAUUACAAAAUCUUCUCAGUCUAAUUGCAGCUCUCAAGCUGAAAUCAGAUAAAACCAAUACCGCCGCCACCACCAGAGGUUUGCUGGCGGCCCUCGAAGAUGGCGAUGAAGUCCGCGACUGGCCCCUUGAUCCUAGCGAAAUCAUAGAGACGCGUCCUCCGUUUAAAAAUUCCUCGCAAAUCCAAGAUCGAUACUCGCGAAGGUACCUCGGAGUCCUCGCCUGCUGGUUCCGGUCCAGCUACCGCGACUCGAUCGAAAGCCGGAAAGGGUUCGAAGAACUUUUCUCCCCCUCCGUUCGCCUUGCAAACGACUGCGUCUUCUGA